UAAUUUUCUAAAAAGCAAGACAGUUUCGCUGGUAGCAUUUUAUUUAGGUCAAGUGCGCAAGUGUGUGUAUGGACAGAUAAGUCAGUAGAUUGUCUGGAUAUGUCAUGAAUUAACGACGUGUUUACAAGUUUCGAUGAACUCUUUGAACACUUCAUUUGAUCUGCAUAUCACUGUUAAGCACUGUGAUGGAUCAAAUAGAAGGUAGAGACGAGGAAACGGCGAAAGUAACAGCUACGGGUACUUUAAACAAAUGUGAUAAUCAACAAGAGACUGAAUUUGAAACAAGGAUUUAUCGAACAGAAGAUAUGGACGAACAAACACCGAAAAUAACAGAAACGGGCACUUCAAAAGAAUGUGAUAAACAACCUGAGACCGAAACUGAAACAAGUCCGUUAACAUGCGCUGGUGAAUCAAGUUUUGGGCCUCGAGACUUCGAAAAAACAGUUUUCAUUCACCCAGCAAUCUUAUCCAAGGGAUUUGGAGAGAGCAUUGAUGCUGCAUACCCGUGCGAUGGCACCGGCUUUGUGCUCCUUAUAAACUACUCACAUAACAGACCAGGGUCAGAAAAAGAUGUGAACAAAUUGACGGGAUUUUUUCGUGAUGAACUUGGUUAUGAACUUGAAGUCGCCCAGGACAAUAUGACAAGACAUCAACUGAGAAACUGUUUAGAGAACGCGAGGACAAAAAUUGACACCCGUUUCUACUGUUUUAUCUGCAUUGUUAUGGCACACGGAGAUGAGACUGGAAUAAUGACAUCCGACGACAAAGUGCAACCAUACAACGAAAUUUUGGAAACAUUCGAUAACAAAAGCAUGCAGAACUUUGCAGGACGACCCAAGCUUUUUUUUAUCAAUGCGUGUAGGGGAAAUAGGUUGCAGACGAGCGUUCCGCUUGUGAAUCUUGACCACACUGAGGCUGAUGCAAAACCGUUUACACCACCCAAAUUGGUUGCCGAAACAGCCGACAUAUUUGCAGUGUAUUCGACAGUCUCUGGUUUCGCUUCAAUAAGAGACACGGAAGAAGGAUCUGUGUUUAUCCAGUCUUGUGUAGAUGUUUUCAAGAAAUACUACGACAGGAAAACUGUUAUCGAAAUGACAACAGCCAUUCAAAGAAAAGUACAAGACAGAGAAUCUUGUCAAGUUUCAGAAGUUAAAACUACGCUUACAAAACAAUUGUAUCUCAAGAACGUGAAAUGGUCAUCACUUGAUCAGUUUGCACAACUAGAGUUGAAAGAAAUCUAGUACAAUCUAUGUAAACUGGUUUUGCCAUGAACAUCAUUAUAUGACUGUUUCGAAUGUUUCGUUUGAUUUGUAAAACUGUGCAUGACUAAGAAUUAUCGCACCUUAGUUAUUUUACGAUACAAAGACUUUUUUCUAAAAGCAAUUUAUGUGAAUUAUCGACCACCAUUUUUAGUAUAUUAUGAAUUGGAGAAUUGUCGGUAGUUGCUAAUAUUUCAUUUUGUUUUGCUGCCUUUACACUAUAUUUAAACGCAUUCUAAAGCCAGUGAUUUUUUUAUGUAACAUAACCCUUGUAACAAAUACUGUUGCUAAGAAAAAAGCGUACACUUAUGUGCCAGAGCUUGGCGAUUUCACACGUGGCGUUGUUCUUAAUAUCGCAUGGGAUCGAGAAAUGGACGUAAGGUAGACAAUAACUUGCGUAUCCGUGUUUUGUAAAAUAAGUCAAAAUCCUCGGUAAAUGUUUUCGUCACCUUAAUUGUGUUUAAAUAACUUUGAAUCUGCAAACGGCAAUAUCAUUUAAUCGACUUCAAAAGGCAAGAUGUAGCAAAUUUAACAAUUAUUUAUAUUGCCAGAUUGAUAGAAACUGUUUUUGAAGUGUUUGUUUUCAUAUACAAAUUAUAUGUUACUUUUGAAAAGGCUAAGCCAUAUAAAAUGCCCCGCAUACAAUAUUAUACUCAUACUUUUAUUUGAAUAUCCGUUCUAUGUUGAUUUCGUGAACUUAUAUUCGUUUAUUUUCAGUCUUUGAUUAUGCUCUAUGCAUACCAUAGUUUGCCAUUUUUUAUUCUUGCUGUUCCUAUCUAUACAUAUAUGUAGUGUGCCUAAGACGCAGCUGAAAAUACACGGUCAAGAAGUACAAAAUAAUAUAAAAUUGCAUAAGUAUAUGAUGACUUUGUUUUACGAAAUGUCAUACGUUUUAAAACACAAGUUGUUACAUGGAUUUCGUAAACAAAAAACCGUUCCAGACGAGCUCUACUAACGGAGAAAGAGCACUUAAUGUCUUAACAACAUAUUUAAAUGCACCAUAUUCUGGAUGAAUGUCGAUAAAAAGGAAGAAGCAGUCCUAUGGUUGCAAUGUGAAACAAUUAUUGUCUAAUUACAGAUACACACUUUGUUUGUUUUUUGUUGUUCCGAUGUUGUAAAUUUAGGAAGGAUCACAGUUUUCUUACAAUUUUUUUUUAUUGUUAAGUCGCUAUUGUAUUAGUAUUAGCAUGCGUGUGCGUACAUGCUGUGUACGCAUUUGUGAACCACACAUAAACACGAGCUUCAGCUUGAUGAAAUGCCGUGCUUCGCCUUACAUAAAGAUAACUGAAUGUGAGUUAUAUAUUUUUUAUGAAAAACAAGAAUAAAUACAUACUUAACUGAAGUCAUUUCCAAGGAAAUUAUCCUGCAAAAGAUAAUUAUGAUUUCAAACCGUCAGUUGUGUUCACUUAAAUUUAUAAGUGCACAUAUAGCUACAUUAUCAUUUGGGAUGAAUAAUAUCCAAAUCGAAAAUAAUUAAAACAUCUCGGAUUCAGUGGAUAAUUGUAUGUUGUAUGUGUUAACAAAUACAGUUAUAUUUAUUAUGUAUUGUAUUAUGUAUUGAUCUCAGUCUGUUUGGAUGUAUUUACACAUGCCCUUAUGGCCUUUUGCUUAAAGGGUUACUUUAUUUGGUUAAUAAAUGGACAUUAUAUCACACUCUCAUUAACAUAAUUCCGUAUCAAAUCGAGGGUAUUUCAACAGUUAGAUGAGAAUAUGUUUUUGUAAUGAUGCCUCAUUAGACAGCACACAUUCAUUCAAGAAUAACACAUAUGGCUUCAUUUAUCAAGACGCACAACAAUUCCAAGACUUAACCUUUGACUACCGAAUCGAACUUUGUUGAUUACAAAUGAACACAAUUUAUGCAUAGGAAAAAAUAAAACGUUUUAAUUGA